UAAAAAAAAGAAUUAUUUAUUUAUUAUUAAAUUUUGGAAAAUGUUUACAUAGUUUAAAUUUGGUGAUUUAUCUACAUCAAAGUGGACGACUGAUUUAAUGACAUUGUAUAUUUUUAUCAGUGUUCAUUCUGUGGCAAUCUACGUCAGAAUAGUUUGUUAUCUAAAAUAUUAAUUUCUUUUUAUAAUCGUGAUGUUAAUGAAUGAAUACGUAUUUUUAAUAAAUUUAUCAAAAAUUUUACGAGUUUAAUUGUAUUAUUAUUAUUAAAAAAUUAUUAUUCCGUGAUGAUCCACAUUAAUCUUUUUGUAUAUAAUAAUUUUUUUGGAUCAAUAUGAACAAGCCUGGGUCUUUUGCAAACGAAUUUCUUCAAACAAAAUCUUCGGAACAUUACAAAACAAUAGAUUCAGUAUCUAGUCAACCAGUUAAAAAUGCAAUUAACAUUAAUCAACCAAGCACGAGUGGUCAUAAACAAUCUCCUAUUAAAUCAUCAUCAUCAUCCGCCGCUAUUCUAGUCAAUAUCAAACAAAAGGGCAAUCCUUUAUUAAAAUCAAUUGUAAAUGUACCAUGGGAAUAUUCUGAAAGUAUCAUACCAGAUUAUAUAAUGGGAAGAACAACAUGUGCAUUGUUUUUAUCUGUUCGCUAUCAUCUAUUAAAACCUGAUUAUAUAUACAAAAGAGUCAAGUCACUAGGCAAACUCUAUGAACUUCGAGUUUUAGUACUGCAAGUUGAUGUUAAAGAUCCUCAUAAUGCAUUGAAACAACUAACAAGAAUGUGUUUAGCAGCAGAUUUAACCUUGAUGCUAGCAUGGAGCCCUGAAGAAGCUGGAAAACUUGUAGAAACUUAUAAAAUAUUUGAAAGUAAACCUCCUGAUCUUAUUAUGGAAAAACCUGAAGCUGAUAGCCAUUCGAGAGUUGUUAAUGCCCUAACUACAAUUCGGGCUGUGAAUAAAACAGAUGCUAAUUUAUUACUAAGUACAUUUGGAUCUUUAGAAGGUAUAUGUAAAGCACCUCUACGAUCUCUUUCACUUUGCCAAGGUAUUGCUCAACAUAAAGCAACUCAGUUGCAUAAUACUUUGAACAAACCAUUUUUAAAACAAACAUUUCCUAAAACCUAAUAUUAUUUGAACUAUGUAUUUUUAAGUUUAUUUAUUUUAGUUUAACAAAAAAAAUAAUUUUACAUACAAUCUCAAUUUUGUAUUAUUUUGAGUUUAUUAACUAUAUUUAUGCUGCUUUAAACAUUAUUUUUUAACAUAAUAAUUUUUAAAAAAUGAAGGCAUAAGUUAACAAAAUAUAAUUAAAGCAGCCAUUCUAUAGACAUUAACAAAUGAUUUAGUUUAAGUUUCUAUCAGUAAAUUAAAAUCAAUUUAUAGAAAAUUUCUAAUGAAAAAUAAAAAAAAAAUUGAAAUAUAAAUGGUAAUUUUACUUUUGAUUAAUUUAAAUACUGGUACUCCUUGUAAAAAUAACAUAUAUUAAUUUAACUUCUUACAUUGCACAAAAAUUUGAUGGUUAGAGAUGGUCCCAAUGAUUAAUACAGUUUCAUAUUAUGAGUGUGCUGUUCAUUAUCAUGGACAUUCCCAUCUCAGGAGAUAUUCUUACCAUUUAUCUUUUUGUACUCAUGGUUAAGAAACCAAUGCAUUUUUGGAGGCUUCUAAUGACUUUGAUGUGUUGUAAUAGCGCUAAAAAAAAAUUAAUUUAAUUACAGAUAUAAGUUAAUAUAAUAAAAUUAUAUGUAUUUAAAUUUCUACACAUCUAUUAAGUCACAAAAAUGACAAAUCCAAUAACUUUUCAUUCAAUUAUCGUUUUAUUGAAAUUUUUUUUUAAUGAUCUUAAACUAUGUUUUAUAUUUAUAUAUGUUAUUAUUUAUCACUAAUAAAAACUUUUUUUUAAU